CCAAGACAAAAAGCUUCACAGACACUCGUGAUUAUAGUGCAUUUAAUUCGGCAACAAAACGGCGUUGAAUACAGAAAGAAAGGUAAAGGUACAAGACUGUGUACAUAAUUUUCGUCCGGAGUCAAGGAACUACUUAUCCCACAAUCCAUUGCAAGUGAUAUCGUUUAUUCUUAAAAGUCUCUCUUUAAACGGUUUACAUCAGACCCUAGACAUCAAACUACGCUCCUAUUCGAUAAAUAAUGAUUUAUGUUACAUUUUUAUGAAUUUCUUAAAUAACAACCACAUUUAAUGAAACGAUUGUAAUAGAUCGAUGCAUAUUAACAACAUUAUAAAAUGUAACAACACAUAAAGACAAUACUGUACAAUUUGUGUGAUUUACAUAAUGUCAUCAUUUUAUUUCAGGAAAUAAUCCUGACAGAUUAGAUUAAUACCAGCAAAUGCAAUCAAUAAAGUAAACGGCCGGCGACAAGAACUACAAACGGGCGCAUGACACUGACGUCAAAUCAUGACGUAUUGGUAAUCGUCACUUGUGAUCGACCUCUUUAUUCCAUCUUGCAGGGAGUAUUUACUGGAAAAAAUUUAGUCAGUUGCAAAAACAUAACUUAAAUCUGUGUUAAACAAAGAUCCCAUUCCAGGUAUCGAAGCAAAAACACAUUCAAAAGGCGUAUUAUGCCAUGGUCUGCCGGUGUAUUGCUGACAUGCGCAAUUGUGCAGUCACGCCCACUGGCAAUUUAAAGGCCGAAGGCGCACACCUGGUAACUUUUAGUUCACAAUCGAUUCAACGCAGUGAAGUACAAUGGAUACGCUUGAAGACGACGACGCCAUAUUUCUUGCCGAUGUGCUCUUGGAUGAGUGCAAGGAGGAUCAAGGUAAGCAAACUACUGGAGCGUCUAAAACGGGCUCAGAAAAGUUUGUUUGGGUUGAGGUGGACCAGGAAGGGAAUCCUCCCCCGAAAAGGAGUAGAACUGGAGAGAAACGGAAGCGAGGUUCAGCCACAGUUACCUCUGGAAGCAUGGACCCUUCAUGUGCUCCGUCUACUAGUGGACUAGAGAGUGGGACCAUUCAAGACAUAGGCUCCCUCAUCCAAGAAGUACAAGACCUGUUGGGACCCACUCAACAACCCGCCCCAUCACAUUGGAAGGAUAGGCAAGCUUCCACUUUUGAAAAGUGGACUGUGUUAAGGCCUUUUAUGGUUAACCAGAUGCUCUUAUCCGAGAAGCCUAAAGAGGGAAUUUGCCACCACUGUAGAGCCAAGGUUGCAGUUGUGAUGUGUCACGAUUGUUUACCAAGACCCCUUCACUGCACAGCCUGUGAUGUCGCCAAACAUGACUCCAUGGUGCUCCAUAACAGGACAUCAAUGAUGGAGGGAUUCUUCAGGCCACUCCCACCAUCAACUUACAUCAAGGAAGAUGAGGAAGGAAAAUUGUCCUACCAUGAAAAGGAAUGCUUUUUACCAAUAGUGCUUCCCUUCUGUGAUUGCUCCACUGGUCAAAUGACUGUUUCUGCAGGGAAGCAAGUCAUUCUGAUUGGAAUGAAUGGACGAUACAAUCUUUCCCUUCCAACGUUGAGUUGUUCCUGCGGAAAAACUUUGUCAGUGAGCAUUGGGGAUCUGGUUGAAAGUGGCUACUGGCAAGCCACAGUCAAUUUUGAGACAGUGUACGAAGUGGAUUUGUUCACUACGUAUGAGGAUCUCAAGAUAACUGCACCAGGAAUGUCACGGCAAGCUUUUGUUAGCAUGCUUGAACAGCGCACAAAACUCUUCGGCCGGAGUGGUAAGAUAUGUGGAGACACCAUGCAGAAGUCAUUCCUGGAAUGGACCUAUGCAAAAUUUGAGGUUGAAAGGCUGUCUCAGGUGCAGCAUUUUCAGUGCCCUGCAUGCACACCCUCCAUGUUAGCUGUUGCAGUCGAUGGGAACCGCAAACUAUACCGCUUUAAGAGCCAACCAGGACCUAAUGGAUUUUUUGAUGGUGUGUUUCUGGCCAAGGAUGCUGAAGUGACCUCCUUUGUCGACUACAUCCAUGGGACAACACGACAUAAUCCUGCAAAAGGGAGGUGUGGCACAGGCGAGUGGGUGGCAGCACGAGAGUCCUCAAACAAGUCUGCCAGCAAAGUAGACGAGGAGGGUGUUGAGGUUGCUGUCUGCCGUCAUGGGUUUCUGCUGAAGGCAUUGAAUAUGUUCCGUGGAGAGAUAUUUGCAUAUCCCUUAUAUCUCCAGAGACAGCUUGCUUCGCAGAAUGUACAGUUUUUUUGCUCAGACGUGGUCUGCAAAUACUGGCCGUAUUUACAGAGGGUUGUGGGCCACUGUCCGGAGUUGCAAGACCUGUUGAAUAUGCGUCCAUUUCUCUCCAUCAUGCAUGCUAAAGCACAUUCCUGGAUGUGUGAGUUGCAAUGGGGAGGACGUAAUCAAGAAGGAGCAGGGACAACAAUUGGGGAGGAGGUUGAACAGGUCAACAGCUUCCUCUCUCGAGCAGCCAUAUGUUCCAAGUACAUGUCAAAAGCUGUUCGCACAGACAUGCUCACCAUCCAGGCAAGUGGCUGGAAAAAAAGGAAGGCAGAAAACCUUGACCGGACAUUGGCCAAAAGAUACAUCAAGACUGUACAAAGGAUUUCAGAGGUGUCUGAGGACCUUAAGAAACUCACUGCUGAGUUGUCUUUACAGGAAGACACAGUCCAGCAAUGGGUGUCAGAUGUUCAGCAGUGGACAAGAGGAUCAACCAGUCAAAACGACUUGGAAAAGACCAUAGAAGGACUGUAUCUGAGCAUCAAGCAGCGAAAAUAUCAGCUGUAUCGUCAGUCUGAUGGCAAUAAGCGGAGACAUCAGCUAAGGAAAAGGAUUGCUGCAGAAAAGAAAGCCUUGGAAGAUGCCAUCAGUAAACGUAAUGCUGUUGUGGGGGAAGCUGAUAAACUCCCUCCACCUAGCGAGCUCUUGGCAGAGGACAACUACUCCUGGCCUUGGGAAUGUCAUGGCGAUAUGGCAAAGAAAAAAAGAGUUCAUGACAAGGUGAUGCUGCUGACCAGACUAAAAGAAGAGGAGGUUAUUGUGGUUCGUGAAGUCAAGCAGCACUGGGAGUACAUGAGGAGCAUGAUUGAAGAGCUUUCAUCCCAUCUUUCUGAAGGAAUCACCCAGCAAAGUAGCGCUGUGGCAUUGUCGGAGAGAGGACGCGAGGGGCUACUCUGUCUGCUAAAAAGAAGAUUGUCCGUAGUUCAAGCUCAGCAGGGUGCAGCACGUACAAUAUACCAAAGUGUUUUGGGACUGCAAACGGUGUCUGUGGAUGACUCUUCUGCUGAUGAAGAGGAAAACCUGGAAACUAGCUCCUCCUCUGAUGAAGAACUGUGACUUUCCCCCCAAAGCAGUCUACUGUUUCUGGCCCUUUGCACACUCUUGCCCCUUUUGAUCUCCUUCUCCCCUUGGUUGAUCAUCUUGAAGAUCAACUUGCAAAUUAGUGGUUGUACUCUCCUGGUUUGAGUUAAGACUGUUGGUGUGUUUCUAUUGUCAGUCGUGUGGAGGUGUCGUUUCGUGUUUUUCUUCUAUUAAAAAUAUAUGUAUGGGAA